AUGCCUCACUCUCUAUCCCCAGAAGCAGAGGCUUCGCCGUCUGGCGAUGUGCAGAUGGAAUCCGUAACGGUGGACAGAGAAAGCCAGCGGACCGAGGGUGAUAUUCCCAUGGCUGAAGCCAGCCCACCCGCCGUCGAGGACCUUGAUAACGAUGUCAAACUUGAUAUCAAGUUGGAUAUCAAGCCAGAAAUCAAACUGGACGAACUAUUUGCGGAUGUCGACUCAGAUGAAGAAUUCCCAAGCUCGGCAGUUGUCAAAGAUGAGCCAUCCAGUCCAUCAGAACCAUUCUCACCUCUGGAGUGCGUACCGUUCCAAGUCGUUAAGCAAGCAGUUUCCGCAUGGCUGAACCACAGCCCGACACCAACAUCCGACUUCGGCCACCGAGAAUUCGCUUUUACUCUUCAAAAUGAUGCCUACUUGCGUUAUCAGUCGUUUCCUACUUCCGACCUCUUGCGAAAGGACGUCUUACGCCUCAUGCCCUCCCGUUUCGAGAUUGGUCCUGUAUACAACACGAACCCCCGCGACAGAAAGACACUGCGAAACACAUCCUCCUUCAAGCCAUUGUCAAAAGAGCUGUGUUUCGAUAUCGAUUUGACUGAUUACGACGAUAUCCGAACUUGCUGCGACAAGGCGAACAUCUGCAACAAAUGCUGGCAGUUCAUGACUAUGGCCAUCAAGGUGGUAGAUGUCGCAUUGCGAGAUGAUUUUGGAUUCAAACACAUCAUGUGGGUCUACUCUGGACGAAGAGGAGCUCACGCCUGGGUUUGCGACAAGAAGGCGCGAAACAUGGACGACCAGAAGCGUAAAGCUAUUGCUGGCUACCUCGAAGUCAUCAAGGGCGGUUCUCAGAGCGGGAAGAAGGUUAAUGUCCGGAGACCGUUGCACCCCCAUUUGACACGAAGCCUGGAUAUUCUCAAGACGCACUUCCAGGACGAUGUUCUUGACAUACAAAAUCCUUGGGAAUCAGCCGAUCAAGCCGAAAAGCUUUUGCAAUUGCUUCCGGAUAAGAAUCUGAAUGACUCUCUACGUAAGAAGUGGGAUUCAUCUCCGGGCCGCGCCUCUACAUCUAAGUGGGCGGACAUCGAUACGCUGGCCAAGACUGGAGCAAGCAAGAACCUCGAUUCUAAAGCAUUGCUGGAGGCUAAGCAGGACAUUGUCCUCGAGUACACAUACCCUCGCCUGGAUAUUGAGGUCAGCAAAAAACUCAACCAUUUGCUGAAGAGCCCCUUCGUUGUUCAUCCCGGGACUGGUCGGGUAUGUGUGCCCAUUGAUACUAAGUCACUGGAGGAUUUUGAUCCACUUGGAGUUCCCACCGUUCAGAGUCUAUUGCAAGAGAUCGACCAAUGGAAGGAGGAGGAAGAGAGCUCUGGGAAGAGCAUCCAGGAUUGGGAGAAGACCAGCCUGAAGCCCUAUGUUGAGCAGUUCAGGUCUUUCGUACUAGGACUGAUGAAAGAUGAGAGGAAUGUCAAGGUCAAGCGAGAGAGGGCCGAGCCCGAAUCUAUGGAAUUCUAA